AUGGCCUCAGCUACUUUGUCGUCCGCCGCCAACGGUCGUGCCAACCGGCCUGGAACCUCGAAGGCAAUCGUCGUUCUCAAGCUAUCGUCCGACCUUCUCAGUCGAUUUGCACCUCCAGAUGCCAAAGACAAAGCGAUCAAGAAAAAUGGACUGAGCGCGAGUCCUCCGGUGAAGGUGAAGGAGCCUUCCUCACCAGCCUCGUCUGUCGCGGAGCCUCCGAUCCCUCCAUCCUCUGUGGACAAUGCAUCCGAUGCUGCUUCGACUCCUGCCGCCGGGACAGGAGCUGCAGAGACUCCUCGCCGUAAUGGUGUACCUGCUCCCAAGUCCGGAACCAAGCGCGCUGCCGGCCAGGGCGUCGAUUCUUUUUCCAAGCCGAGAUCGAGACCCGGUCCGAAAAAGAAGGCGAGACUUGACGACGGGCCUCCCGAUAAUGCCAAAAUUGGUUCUUCCCACCGGUUGGGACCCAAGGCCAAUACGGGUGCGAUCAAUGCCGGCCUUCGCGCCCUCGAUCGAUCCGGUGCCCCCUGCCGCCGCUGGGAACGGAAGCCCUUGGAACUGAAGAGUUUCACCGGUGUUCAAUGGCAAUUGCCGUCAUGGCGGGCUCCUCGGCCGCAGAAAACCGAGGAAAAUGGCGCGAUCAAGGAAGGCGCUCUUGAGACCGGUGACAGUGACAGCAAGGCCAACCAGAGUGCCAGUGGUGCACCCAGCGAGAAGAGCAACGCUGGCGAUAUGGAGCUGACGCCGGUCCCGCCUAAUAUCACUGAAGCGUCUUCGCCAGCUAUCGCCAUGACUGCAUAG